CCUGAUUCUUCUCUUUUUCUGAACCACACAUACUGAAGUUCACACUUUUCUGUGUGAGAGAUAAAAGGAAAUACCAAAAAAACCAUUUUAUCCAAACACACACACACACAAAAGUCUCAUCAUGAAAACCAUCGAUUUCUUCUGCGCUUCCCAAGCCUCCACCGCCGUCGACCAACCUUCAUCUACCCCGGCCACCGUUGCCGCCGCCGGAAGGUUUAUCGACCGCCACAACCCAAUCAUCGCCGACGGGAGACGAUCAAACGUCACUUCUAGAACUAAUUUCCCCAACCCUCCAUGUUCCUCCCAAUACUCCCCCAUUAAUCCUCUCCCUUACCAUCAACUCCACGCCGCCGCCUCCCCUAAUGUCGCCGGGGACCAGAUCCGGUCCGAAAAUCAUAAGGAUUUGAAGAUGAAGAAGAAGAAGAAGAAGAUCAAGAAAAGUUCAUCGAUUGUUACAACUGACUUUGUAAGGUGGAGUUGUGCAAAGCCGAGUGAUUUGGCUACGCCUCCUGGGUCGAUGCGAUACCUUUUGAACGACAAGUCGGUUCGUGAUGGUUCUAUGGAUCGGAUUUCCACGCCUAUCCCUAUUCACAAAAACCUUACUCCUUCUGACCAACAACAUCCACACCAACCUCAACCAACGCCCCAGAUUUCUUCCGACGACCACUGCAAUAAAUCUCCACCUUCCAAUCAGGUUGUUGUUUUGAGGGUAUCAUUGCAUUGCAGAGGCUGUGAAGGAAAACUGAGGAAACAUCUUUCCAAAAUGGAAGGAGUGAACUCAUUCAACAUUGAUUUUGCGGCAAAAAAGGUGACGAUAAUGGGGAAUAUAACACCGCAAGGUAUGUUGGAAAGUGUAUCAAAGGUUAAAAAUGCCCAAUUUUGGCCAUAUGCAGACCCAACUCCAAACCCUAAUCUCAAUCGAAAUCAUCACCCAAAUGGAUUGGAAAAAACCUAACAAAAAUUUUAUUUUCUAGUUUCUUUUUUAAUUUUUGUGAAAAUAUUAAGCUUAUGUUUAUUGUGACAAUCUCGACUACCAUUAUAUAUGAAAAUGUUAUAAAGUUUGGAUUGAA